UUUUUUAUCAUUUUUUAGCAGUACAUCCAACGUAAAGCUAUAUUAUAGCUCAUAAUCAAAUUGCAAUUUUUGAACCUCAAUGAAAGUACAAACCAUUCGUUUGCUAUCUUUCGCCUUUAUUGUGACGAUGUCCGUUCAAUCUAGCAAUUCUUCGGUGUCUGUCGAUGGCGUUCAGGACAAGGGACUUGGGUUAAACCACCUACAAUCGCUGAUUGGAGACACGAUAACAUCGACCAACAAUUUACCGUUCGCUUGGGCCAACGAAUACGAAAUCGCCAUAGUGUACGUUACCGGCAGGUGGUCUGAAAUUUCCGUUCCGGACAAGGCAGCACAAGGGACAAUUGCCAAAAAAGGAUACCUUUCCUACAGCGGUAAAAUCAAGACAAUUUUAUUUGAUUUCAUGACAAAAGUGAAUGCUAAUCCAAAAGAGACCGAAGUAUUGAAAAAUGACGUUGUCAGUUGGCACCAACACAUUGCGGACUUGGUAAACCGCGAUGGAGCAUUGGCUAAGGAUGCCGACCUGGCAUAUUAUCAAGCGAAAUUUAAUAACUCAUUCCGUCAUCUAACCGUCAAGGCUAAGAACGUAAUUGGUCACACACUCCUCGAGGAAACCAAGAAAAGUGUGGAUGACGUGGCCAAAGAAAUGAUGGCCGUAUUGCUGGAAACAACAAAAAAUAUUUCGAAAGAAUUCCGGGAACUCGCCGACAAAGAGUCAGCAAAGAAUUAGAAAUGAAAAAAUAUACAUUUUAUUAUCACAUAUUUUUUAGUGUAGAAUUUCAAUAUAGAAUAGUUGUUUAUUAAUUGUUUACCUUCUUGAAAUUUACUCGGAUUUGAUAAAAAAAUAUUAAAAACGCUAAAGAACUUAAACAAUAAUAUUGUCGUUAGUCAUUUAUAAUGUUCCCACCAGUUUGCACAUCUCACUAGAUGUCAAAUUAAUUAGCGUGAGAGUAUUAAUUGAUCAUUGGUACCGACAGAACCAUUGUGUAAUUAGUUUUAAUAUAGAUAUGUAUAUUUUACUUAUGAGCGCAAUAAUAAUAAAAAUAAAUAUAAUCCAUCAUAAUAA